AUGAUUCGCAAACAAGCCCGCCAGAGGCGCGAUUACCUCUACAGGAGGGCUAUGACCCUUCGCGACGCCGAGAUUAGUGAAAAGAGAGCAAAGCUUAGGGCAUCCCUGGCCACGGGAAAGCCCUUAGAUUCCUCCAUUGCCAACGACAAGGAACUGCGCAAAGACUACGCCUACGACGAAUCGCGUCCCGAUCGCACUGUCAAUGAAGAGCUUGACCUCGACGACGAAUAUUCCCAACUCUCUGGAAUCGUUGAUCCAAGAGUCCUUGUCACCACCAGUAGAGAUCCGUCUGCAAGAUUGGCCGCUUUUGCCAAAGAAGUUCGAUUACUUUUGCCCACUGCCAUUCGCCUCAACCGUGGCAACCUCAUCCUGCCGGACUUGACAAGAUCUGCUCAGGCCGCUGGUCUGUCUGAUGUGGUGCUGCUACAUGAACAUCGUGGUACGCCGACCGCAAUGAGCAUAUCUCACUUUCCUCAUGGACCGACCAUCAGCUUCUCUUUACACAAUGUUGUUCUGCGGCACGACAUACCAAACUCUAUCCGCGGUACUGUUUCCGAGUCGUAUCCUCAUCUGAUAUUUGAGGGCUUCAACUCGAAUCUAGGAAAGAGGGUCGUGAAGAUUCUCAAACACAUCUUCCCUCCCCGGGAUCCCCUGACAAGCAAGAACAAGAUUGGCUCCCGCGUGAUCACCUUUCAAAACAUCGACGACACCAUCGAGGUUCGGCAUCACGUAUUUGUUCGCACCGGUCAUGAUAGUGUUGAGCUGUCUGAAGUCGGCCCUCGGAUGUCAAUGCGAGUUUUCGAGAUCAGGAGCGGCACUCUGGAGAACAAGGAUGGUGACGUCGAAUGGCAUUUGACCCAGUAUACACGUACUGGUCGGAAGAAGGAAUAUCUUUAA